CCCUUGACUCACCGCCCCGCCAUCCGCCAUAAGGUUGAUUGGUCGAUAGGUCGACUGCCGGAAGGAGGAAAGGCAGCCUGAGUCACCGCGCCGCGCAAAGCGAACGAGUCACCUCUAAGCCUCUAAGUUCGGCGAUCCUUACUAGCAUCCUUAGCAAGCACAUCAACACGGCCCUCCCGGAGAUUUGCGCCAUGGCAACUCCUGCUUCCCCCACAAUUUCUACUUCUACUCCCUCCUCCCACCCUCCCUCUUCCUCUUCUCUUCCCUCCUCCACUCCGUCUCUCAGCUCCUACUUCACCUCUCUGGCCCGCCGUCGCCAACAAAAGAAAAUGAGCAUCACCCAAACCUACUAUCUCGCCCACACCGCCCGCAAGAAGCUCACCCGUGAAGCUUCCCGGGCGGACCAUGAUCUCCGCCUUCUGGUUGGCCACGCCAACCUCCUCGACUCGCUCAUGCUGGAGCUGGCUGAUGCCGAACGUGAACAAGAACAUUGGUUCAACCAGACCGUCAGCGGUGUGACCAAGACCUCCCACCACUCCGAGCCUCGACACAUCCAAUGGGCGGAGACUGUCGUUGAGGACCCGGAGGAGGACUGGGAUCCCGAGGACCUUUCUGACGCCGACUCCGACGUCAGCGAGGAUGACUCCGACUACGACGAAGACCAGUAUGAGCCCACUACCUACAGUCCAGUGCGACGACGGGCUCCCUCCCCGGUGGCCAUCAUCACCGAGAAAGAAAUCGAGGAGGAUUACGACUCCGAUUCUGAUUCCGACUUUGAGUACGACGAUGAGGAGGAUCUGGAAGAAUUGACCCUAACCCGCUCGCCGUCCCGGCAAACCCCGCCCGAGCUGCUGUCCGACUCCGAUGGAGAGUCGGAAGACGACACCAUGCCCCCUUCACCUCCUCAACCAACCCUGGAAACAUUCAACGAGAAGGAGCCGCAAACCGCGGAAAUCCCUCUCUCCCCGACUGAUCUGGAGAAUGGCUACUACGUUCCCGGCCAAGCGCCAAGUGCGAUGCUUGAAGCUUAUUGAGAUCGUACCUUGCAGCAGCGGCUGAUCCUCCAUUCUCUGUACCAUUAUCAUACGUGAUACCCUCGUCGUGGAUUGUUUCUGGAAGAAC